ACUCCACUCCCUGCGACUACUUUCCAUUGCCCCGUACAUUCACACGCGCAAAUCAAGCUAGAAUUAUAGAACCGAACAAAGAGGAACACAGUUUAGCCGAGAAUAGAGAAGAAUCAGAGGCGGUGAAAAGUUGAAGAAUGGAAGGUGAAACAGAGGCAACAAUGGAGCAGAGGACUGUAGUCAAUAACGUGAUGUGCCUUUUAACGCACCAAGACGGAGCUCCUCUUGGUGCUCCUAUGUACCUGCCUCAGAACAUAGGUCCACAACAGCUCCAACUCAUCGUCAAUCAGCUUCUACAAAAUGAGGAGAAAUUGCCUUAUGCUUUUUAUAUAUCGGAUGAGGAGCUACUUGUACCACUUGAAACAUACUUGCAGAAACAUAAAGUGUCGGUGGAGAAAGCGUUGCCUAUAGUUUGUCAACCUCAGGCUGUUUUUCGGAUUCGUCCCGUGAGUCGAUGUUCCGCAACGAUUUCUGGUCAUGGCGAAGCUGUAUUGAGUGUUGCCUUUAGUCCUGAUGGGCGGCAGCUGGCAAGUGGUUCUGGUGAUACCACUGUUCGGUUUUGGGACCUUGGCACUCAGACACCAAUGUACACAUGCACAGGACACAAGAACUGGGUCCUUUGUAUUGGAUGGUCACCCGAUGGCAAGUAUCUUGUAAGUGGGAGCAAGUCAGGAGAACUUAUAUGUUGGGACCCAAAAACUGGAAAGCAAUCAGGAAAUGCUUUAACUGGCCAUAAGAAAUGGAUUACCGGUAUCUCUUGGGAACCUGUCCACCUGAAUGCUCCUUGCCGCCGCUUUGUAAGUUCCAGCAAAGAUGGGGAUGCUCGUAUUUGGGAUGUUUCUUUGAAGAAAUGUAUCGUACUCAGUGGCCACACACUUGCAGUAACAUGUGUAAAAUGGGGCGGAGAUGGUGUUAUUUAUACUGGGUCCCAAGAUUGUACAAUCAAAGUUUGGGAAACUACACAAGGGAAGCUAAUUCGGGAACUGAAGGGACAUGCUCAUUGGGUCAAUUCUUUAGCAUUGAGCACCGAGUAUGUUCUUCGCACUGGAGCUUUUGAUCAUACUGCAAAACAUUAUUCAUCUCCAGAGGAAAUGAAAAAGGUUGCUCUUGAAAGGUACAAAUCAACGAGAGGUAAUGCUCCUGAGAGAUUGGUCUCUGGGUCUGAUGAUUUCACAAUGUUCCUUUGGGAACCCUUCACCAACAAGCACCCCAAAACUCGCAUGACAGGUCAUCAGCAGCUUGUGAACCAUGUCUAUUUUUCGCCUGAUGGGCAAUGGAUAGCGAGUGCAUCUUUUGAUAAAUCUGUCAAGAUAUGGAAUGGAACUACAGGGGCAUUUGUCACUGUCUUUCGUGGCCAUGUUGGGCCUGUUUAUCAGAUCAGCUGGUCUGCAGACAGUAGACUUCUUUUAAGUGGAAGCAAAGAUUCUACACUUAAGGUUUGGGAUAUUCGGACUCGCAAGUUGAAGCAAGACCUUCCGGGCCAUGCCGAUGAAGUGUUUUCUGUUGAUUGGAGUCCAGAUGGAGAGAAGGUGGCUUCUGGGGGUAAAGAUAAAGUGUUGAAGUUGUGGAUGGGUUAAGCUAGUUUUUGGAUCAACUUUGAGAAUCUAUUCUCGAUGCUAUUGUCACUGCAUGGAAAUCAAUGGCUGGCUAUUCUGUGGAUGCAAGAUCAUCUUUAAGCUAUAGGAUAUGAAUGUCUAUUCCAUAUACUAUUUUGCCAUUGAGAUUAGGCACUGGAAGAACAAGUUGCUCAAGUUGAGUCUCAGGUAAAGAAGCUUCCUGAAUUGCUUGGAGGUCUAUUAUACGCUUGCGAGAAUAUACUUCGUCGUCUUUUUUUUUGUUGGUAUUUUGUCCUAUUUUAACCGUAGUUAGGAUAUUGUUUCUGAAUGACAACUAUGUCAAUUUUGUUUUUUGUUGGUAAUUAUAAACUGAGUAUGCAAGGCUAGCCCUAAUAUGGCAUUUUGUUUGCCUUGACACUACACUAGUGUUAGAGUAAGUCUUCGAAUGGAGUACUUCUAUAUUUAAAAUUUGAAUGUGACGACUGUAUACAGGUAUAUUUUAUUUUCGUGUAUUCAAAUUCAAAUCUUAUAUUUUUAUACUUUUGCUUA